AUGUUAAAUAAGUGUAAGUAUUUGUUUAUUUGUGGUGCAAUUGCAUCUGGGAUUGGAAAGGGAACCAUAAAUAGCAGUAUAGGAAUGCUAUUGAAAUAAUAUGGUUAUAAGGUGUCAUUCUUGAAAAUUGAUCCAUAUUUAGUAUGAUAUAUUAAUAAAGUAGAAUAUAGAUGCAGGUACAAUGAAUCCAUAUGAACAUGGCGAAGUAUUUGUUACAGGAGAUGGGUAAGCAAUUAAAUGAUUACUUUAGAGGAGAAGUUGAUUUGGAUAUUGGAAAUUACGAAAGAUUCUUAGAUAUCGAGUUAUCAUUUUACCAUAGUUUAACAAGUGGGAAAUUAUAUUAAAAAAUAUUACAGUAAUAAAUAUUAGUUAUAGAGAUAGAAAGGAGAGAGAAGGACAUUAUUUAGGAAAAACAGUUUAGGUUAUUCCUCAUGUAGUUGACGAAAUUAAAAAUUGGAUUAGACAUUUAACAACUGUACCAUUGAAACAUGAUACUGUUGAAAAGCCAGACAUAUUGUUGGUUGAAGUGGGAGGAACUGUGGGUGACUUGGAAUCCACUUGUUAUUAUGAGGCUGUGAGAUAAAUGAUAAAUGAGGAGGGGAAGGAUAAUGUUGGUUUGGUAAGAUAUUAAUACAUUCUAGAUUAUGCUUACUUAUAUUUUAACAUUGAAUAAUGAGUAAAAAACAAAGCCCGCUUAAAAUGGAAUAAAGGAUCUUAGAUAUACAGGAUUGAUAGCUGAUUUCAUAAUAUGUAGAUCUGAAACCGAAUUGUAAAUACAACAAAGAGAUAAAUUGGCUAUGUUUGGUAAUAUAUCUAAAGAUUCAAUAUUUUCUGUUCCAAAUUCUCAACACAUAUAUGAUGUUCCAGAAGUAUUACAAAAAUAAAAGUUGGCUGAACAUAUCUUAGAUAAGUUCAAGUUACCACUUUAAAAAGUUCCUAAUAUUUAAUAAUACACAAAAUUUGGAUAAUACUUGAAAGAAUUAGAGUAAUAAAAGCCUGUUACUGUAGGAAUUAUGGGAAAAUAUAUGAAAAAUUUGGUAUUUAAUCUUAUUAAUGAAUCUAGGACGCAUAUAUGUCUUUGAUUAAAGCAUUGAAAGAGGCAAGUUAUUCUAUUAAAGUGAAUUUACAAUUGAAAUAUAUCGAUCUUGUUGAAUUCCAAAAUAGUCCAAAUCCAGAAGAAUAACUAGAAAAAGAAUGCGAUCAAUUUGAUGCUAUCCUUGUGCCUGGCGGAUUUGGAUUUAAUGGUUUUAAUCUUAAAAUCAAGUGCUGUCAAUAUGCUCGUGAAAAGAAGAAACCAUUUCUGGGAAUCUGCUAUGGAUUCUAAGCAGCUGUUAUUGAAUAUGCUCAAAAUAUCUUAGGAGUUAAAGAUGCUACUUCAGAGGAAUUGAAGGAAGAAUAAGUUGGAACAAACUUUGUUGUAUUUAUGCCAGAAAUCAAUCCUAAGUUAUUUGGAGGCAACAUGAGAUUGGGAAAUCAUGAAACAUUCAUUGAGUAAGAUAAUUUAUUUAUUUGAGAAACAAGGAGAGCAUCGCAUAUCAAAUAUAUGAGUCUGAAGUUGUAGAGGAAAGACACAGACAUCGAUACGAAGUCAAUCCUGAGAAGAUUCAAACAUUAAAUGAAAAAGGUCUGAUUUUCUCUGGAAAAGAUAAGAAGACAGGUUCAAGAAUGGAAGUAUUAUUAUAUUAAUCAACUCAAGAUUCUGGAACUACCUAAGGACUAACAUCCAUUUUAUGUUGGAGUACAAUAUCAUCCAGAAUUUACUUCUAAAAACUUCAAGCCAAAUCCAUUAUUUGUUAGUUUUGUUUCUGCUGCUGCAAAUGGAGAGUAUCGAAAAUCAAAGAUAGAUACCAACUACAAUAAUUAAAUUUGAGUCAUU